GGGGCAGGUGCGGGGGAGCCGGCAGCGGCCCCGGGCCCUAUGGUGCCGGGCGGGACCCGGAGCCCGCUGCCCGCCUUCCAACGGGGCCCGCCGAGCGCCUUGGGACGGGCACUGGGCGGGCAUGAGGACCGUGCCGAUCGUGCUGCUCUCGCUCUGCUGGAGCCUGGCGCCGGUGAAUGGUGUCCAUCCAGAAUGCAGAUUUCAGCUGGAGAUUCACAAGGAAGAAACCAGGUGCAUGGAACUUCUAAAGAAUGCAAAGCCAGUGGACUACAAGGGAUGUGUUGGAGUUUGGGAUAACAUCACCUGUUGGCGUCCUGCAAAGAUUGGAGAGACUGUCACUGUCCCUUGCCCAAAAGUAUUCAGCCUUUUUUCUGGAAAACCAGGAAACAUUAGCAAAAAUUGUACGAGUAAUGGAUGGUCGGAUAUAUUUCCUGACAUCUUAAGUACGUGUGGAUAUAAUGACUAUGAAGACGAUUAUAAGGUCAACUUCUAUGUGAGGGUGAAAGCAAUUUAUACCCUUGGACACAGCGUAUCUCUGAUUGCUCUUACAACAGGAAGUAUAAUUCUUUGUCUUUUCAGAAAACUUCAUUGUACUCGGAAUUACAUCCAUCUGAACCUGUUCCUCUCUUUCAUUCUAAGAGCAAUCUCUGUUUUAGUCAAGGAUGAUAUUCUUUAUUCCAGCUCCAACACAGCUCACUGUCCAGAGGAUCAAACCUCAUGGGUGGGCUGCAAGGCAAUUCUGGUGUUUUUUCAGUAUGGUGUUAUGGCAAACUUUUACUGGCUCUUGGUAGAAGGACUUUACCUCCACAUCCUCCUUGUGCUAAUAUUCUCCCCCAACAGACACUUCACCAUCUACCUGCUGAUAGGAUGGGGAAUUCCUACGAUAUUCAUUAUUACAUGGACAGUGACACGGAUCAUUCUAGAGGACACUGGCUGCUGGGAUACAAAUGAGCAUGGUGGUCCCUGGUGGGUUAUACGAAUACCAAUUUUAAUUUCUAUUAUAGUGAAUUUUAUACUUUUCAUUAGCAUUAUAAGAAUCUUACUGCAGAAGUUAAGAUCUCCAGAUGUUGGAGGAAAUGACCAGUCACAGUACAAGAGACUUGCAAAGUCCACCUUGCUGCUGAUUCCUUUAUUUGGAGUUCACUACACAGUGUUUGCUCUGUUUCCUGACCGCAGCUCCAACAAUUAUAAAAUAAUCUUUGAGUUGUGUUUGGGAUCUUUUCAGGGGUUGAUUGUUGCAGUCCUGUAUUGUUUUUUGAACAGUGAAGUGCAGGGGGAGCUGAAAAGAAAGUGGAGGAGCUUGUGCUGGAAGCAGACUGCAGGCAGAGACUACAGACUGCACUCGUCCAUUUCCCGAAAUGGAUCAGAAAGUGUUUCCCAGCUCCACAGGAAUUCAAGAGCUCACUCAUUCAUGCAGACUGAGACCACCAUGAUAUAAAUGAGCUAAGUCCCCCAAAACAUGAAAAACUGUGGGAUAUAUCAUUCAUUAUGCAGCUUGAUGUGAUAUUUUAUAACAUGUACAGUUUAGUGCUUUGCUUUUCUACAUGUUGGUAUUUGGGGAAUUGGUUUGUGCAGCCAGCCUGUUAUUAAUGGAGAAUCCUGCCCGAUGGAUGCUGUCUGUUUUGUUCAAAUAGUAUUCAUAUUAAUUCUUAUGUUCUCUUGCAGUUUACUAGCUGUAACAAUUCAAAAAUUCAUUUUCCAUAAAGGUCCCUUUACCUUCCAAAGUGGCUACAAGAUCCAUGCAGGGUAACCUGCUCAAUGCAGAUUUCUUUGGCACAUGUAAGGGUUAAGAUGGGAAGCAAGAAAAUUUCUUACAUUUUAUUUAUACUUAAGGAAACAUUGCCUUAAGGAUUAGGAAAUUCUUUUCUAAUUAUGGAAAAUAAAAUUAAGAAAAAAAAUCUAAGACCGUAAUUAACCACACUGGGAGUUCAGUGUGCUAAUCCAGGAAAUCAUUAACAUGAUUUACAAGAGAAGGGAAAAGGUAGUACUUCUAGGCUAAUGGUACACAUUUCAGAGGUUACUUUCUACAGAGUUUGAUUCCAGUCCUGUUGUUACUUUCAAAAGUGCCUGGUUU